UUUCUUUUUCUUUUUCAUUUUUUUUUCUCUUUCUCUGUAAAUCCCCAGCUUUACAAUAUCGGCUUCUCUGCUUGUUCUUCCCACAGUCUCUGCUAGGGUUACAGAGUCGCCAACCGUUCCUUAUUCUUCUCCUUCUUCUACUUUUGUCUCCCUGACUCGGAUUGAUCACUCGCUCAAUCUCGCCGAGUUAGCUCGUUCCAAGUUCAAAUGGCGAUGGAGGUGACACAAAUCCUUUUAAAUGCACAAGCCGUGGAUAGUAGUGUCCGUAAUCAUGCAGAAGAGAACCUUAAACAAUUCCAGGAGCAAAAUCUUCCAAGUUUUUUGCUUUCUCUUGCUGGGGAGUUGGCUAAUGACGAGAAGCCUGCCGAGAGCCGUAAAUUAGCUGGUUUGAUCCUUAAGAAUGCUUUGGAUGCAAAAGAACACAACAGGAAGCUUGAACUUGUACAAAGAUGGCUGUCAUUGGACCAACCUGUGAAGGCCCAUGUUAAAGCUUGCUUGUUAAAAACCCUAACAUCUCCUGCCCUUGAUGCUCGGUCAACUGCAUCACAAGUCAUUGCAAAGGUUGCUAGUAUCGAGUUGCCACAUAAACAAUGGCCUGAACUGAUCGAAGCUUUGUUGUCAAAUACUCAUCAGCUUCCAGCUCACACAAGGCAAGCAACUUUGGAAACUCUUGGGUACAUAUGUGAGGAAGUUUCUCCUGAUGCGAUAGAGCAGGCUCAGGUGAAUAAGAUACUUACAGCUGUUGUUCAGGGCAUGAAUGCAACUGAGAGUAACAAUGAUGUCAGGCUUGCUGCUACUCGAGCUUUGUAUAAUGCUUUGGGUUUUGCUCAGGCAAAUUUUUCCAACGACAUGGAACGAGAUUAUAUUAUGAGAGUUGUCUGUGAGGCCACUCUUUCUCCUGAAUUGAGGAUUCGACAGGCAGCCUUUGAGUGUUUAGUUGCUAUAUCUUCAACAUACUAUGAGAGGUUGGCUUCUUAUAUCCAGGACAUUUUUAACAUUACAGCAAAGGCUAUCAAAGAAGAUGAAGAACCUGUUGCACUACAAGCUGUUGAGUUUUGGAGUUCAAUUUGUGAUGAAGAGAUAGAUAUCUUAGAAGAGUAUGGAGGAGAAUUUAGUGGGGACUCUGAUAUUCCGUGCUUUUAUUUUGUAAAGCAGGCUCUACCAGCCCUUGUGCCAUUGUUGUUGGAAACUUUGCUUAAGCAAGAAGAAGAUCAGGAUCAGGAUGAAGGAGCUUGGAAUAUUGCAAUGGCUGGAGGCACAUGCUUGGGUUUGGUUGCACGUACAGUUGGUGAUGCCAUUGUCCCAUUGGUAAUGCCAUUCAUUGAGGAGAACAUAGCAAAGCCAGAUUGGAGACAAAGGGAAGCGGCCACUUAUGCAUUUGGCUCUAUUCUAGAAGGUCCAUCCCCAGACAAGCUCACCCCCCUUGUUAAUGUUGCUCUGACCUUUAUGCUUAAUGCUCUGAUGAACGAUCCAAAUAAUCAUGUGAAAGACACUACAGCGUGGACACUUGGAAGAAUUUUUGAGUUUAUGCAUGGGUCAACCCUGGAGACACCGAUAAUUACCCAAGCAAAUUGCCAACAGAUUAUGACAGUUCUUCUUCAGAGCAUGAAUGAUGUUCCUAAUGUUGCUGAGAAAGCUUGCGGCGCUCUGUAUUUCCUAGCUCAGGGUUAUGAGGACGUGGAACAAUCAUCCUCUCCAUUGACUCCGUUUUUUCAUGAUAUUAUUCAGGCUCUUCUCAAUGUGACUCAUCGGGCUGAUGCUGGAGAGUCACGCCUUCGAACAGCAGCCUAUGAGACCUUAAAUGAAGUUGUCAGGUGUUCUACUGAUGAUACAGCUCCGAUAGUGAUGCAUUUGGUUCCUGCCAUUAUUUCGGAGCUGGACCAGACUUUUACAGCACAAUGUAGUUCAUCGGAAGAGAGAGAGAAGCGUAAUGAACUACAAGGUCUUCUCUGUGGCUGCUUGCAGGUCAUGAUUCAGAAACUAGGUUCAUCUGAACCGACAAAGAGUCCUUUUUUGCAAUAUGCUGACCAAAUGAUGACCCUGUUUCUGAGAGUAUUCGGUAGUAAAAGUGCCACAGCUCAUGAGGAGGCUAUGCUUGCCAUUGGAGCUCUUGCCUAUUGUGCAGGCUCUGACUUUGCAAAGUACAUGCAAGAGUUUUACAAGUAUUUGGAAAUGGGUCUUCAAGAUUUCGAGGACUACCAGGUCUGUGCCAUUACAGUUGGUGUGGUGGGGGAUAUUUGCAGAGCACUAGAAGGUAGUAUAUUGCCUUACUGUGAUGGGAUAAUGACUCAACUCCUCAAGAACUUAUCAAGCAACCAGUUGCACCGUUCUGUGAAGCCUCCCAUCUUUUCAUGCUUUGGCGACAUUGCUUUGGCAAUUGGAGAGAAUUUCGAGAAGUACUUAGUUUAUGCAAUGCCCAUGCUUCAGGGUGCUGCAGAGCUAUCUGUCAAUACAUCCGGGGCUGAUGAUGACAUGAUAGAAUACACCAAUACUUUAAGGAAUGGAAUUUUGGAGGCCUACUCUGGGAUUUUUCAGGGAUUCAAGGGCUCUGCGAAGAUCCAACUAUUGAUGCCUUUUGCACCUCAUGUCCUGCAGUUCUUGGAUAGUCUAUUUAUGGAGAAGGACAUGGACGAUGUGGUGACCAAGACAGCCAUUGGGGUCCUUGGGGACCUAGCUGAUACACUGGGUAGUAAUGCUGGUAUCUUGAUUCAGCAAUCACUGUCGAGCAAAGACUUUCUAAAUGAAUGUUUGACUUCAGAUGAUCAUUUGAUUAAGGAAUCUGCUGAGUGGGCCAAGUUGGCCAUCAGUCGAGCAAUUUCUUUUUGAGGCUGCUGGUACUUGGCAUAUUUUUCUUUUCUUUGCAUGCAUUGGGAGUCUAGAGUUGGAGUCUGGGAUUGCAUACCAUGAGUCAGGUCAUCACGUUUUUGGGAAAAUGACAGUUUGGGGUUGGUGGCGAGCGCAGUAUUUCGAUCAACAGCUCGGGGGUUAUUUAUAGUUCUCCUCCGCUCUGUUGUCUUGACAUUGCCGUGCAGAGAAGUCAGUGGCGGCGAUGUCCAUGCAUGUUUUUCUGCCACCUUGGCAGAAAGGCGAUGGCGUCAUAGAUCAGGAGAUACGAUUUAUUGAGAGAGGUUGGAGAAUGAGAUGGAAAAUUAUACCACCUGCCCUGCCAUACUGUUUCCAUGGGCAAGGCAAACCAAUAGCCGUUUUCUGGGGUUGAAGUCGGGAGUUUGGGGCCCUUCGGCGGCCGCGGUAAAGUCUGCAUUUUCCCCUUAAAUAUUUGACCUUUUCUUUUUCUUUUCCUUUUUUUUUUUUCUGUUCUUUUUUCACCAAAAUUUGGUGUCAAAGAUUAUUUUGCAUUGUUACAACAUCAUCAUGUCAUUUGUCACAGAGUUCGAUCAAUAGUUCGAUCAAAUUCCUCUUUUUUCAUCACUUUUUGUAGUCACAUUCUGUAUACUUGUUCGUUUUGUGGGAUUUAGUGACAACCACAUAAUAUUUAUAGCUUCAUGCAUUGUUAUAUGUCAUCAUUGUCACAUUCACCAAA